AUGCUAAGCGGCGAAACAGCAGCCGGAGAUCACCCUGAGACCGCCGUGAAAACAAUGUCGAGGAUCUGUAAAGAAGCAGAAAAUUUCAUCGAUUACGAUACUCUACAUAAGAAAACCCUAGAAAUCGUUCCUUUACCUUUAUCACCAAUCGAGAGCUUAGGUGCUUCCGCUGUUUUAACGGCGAGGUGUCUACGUGCGUCGGCGAUCGUGGUUCUUACCAAAAGCGGUUAUACGGCGGAGCUCGUGGCGAAAUACAGGCCGAGCGUUCCGAUUUUGUCGGUGAUUGUGCCGGAGAUUGGUAGGAGCGAUGGUUUCGUGUGUUCCACGGCUCAUGUGGCGAGACGUGGUUUGAUUUACCGUGGGAUUAUUCCGGUAACGACGAUGGGAUCUUCGGAUACGGAGGAGACGAUUAGGUUGGCGAUCGGAUUAGCGAAAAUAGUGAAUCUGUAA